AUGGUAGUAACGGAGAGACAUCUGUGGGUGAACCUGGCAGAUUUCGGGAAGAAAGAGAGGGGCUUUCUUCUUGAUGCUCCAGUUUCGCAUUCUGAACUUUUUGAUACCUCCGUCGAGACAGUGGUUAAGAAGUUCAGUGAGGCAAAGGUGUGCUCAGUGGUCUUCAAAUCCUUCAUUCCACGAACCUCCAGGUCUGUGCCCAAACAACACAGGAGUCAUGGCUCAUCUCAAUCUGAGGAUCAGAUACGUAGCUUGUGCACUGCAAAGACAUACGAGCAUUAUCAGUGUGUCUGUCAUGCCACUCUGUUCCUCUUUUGGGCUGGUAUCGCUAGUCUGUGCCCAGGUGCAAUAAUUGCAGUUUAACGAUCCGUGGUGGUCUGUAGACCAGUGGGUUCAGUCAGCUUCCAGAAGAGACAUGCAGUUGCAGGAGUUGUCAUCGUCUGGGUCUGGGUCUGGUCAUUCCUGUUGAACAUUCCUACUUUUGGAUGGGGUAGCUAUGAGCUGGAGAGUGUGCAGACAUCUUGUGCACCAGACUGGUACAGCAGAAACUUGACCAAUGUCUCCUACAUCAUGUGUUACUUUCUUCUGUACUUUGCACUUCCUUUCCCUGUCAUUGGCAUCCCCUACACUUUCCUCCUGCACCCUACGGCAGAGGGAGGAAGCACUGCCAGGGCAGAGACCCAGCUGGCCUGUGUGGUGGUUGUCAUGGUGAUGUCCUUCCUGCUCACCUGGCUGCCCAGUGCUGCAUUUGCACUCUGUGUGAUCUUAGACCUGAACCUUUACCUUGAACCGGUGAUCGCCACCGUUCCCAUGUAUCUGGCCAAGAGCAGCACAGUUUUCAACCCCAUAAUCUACUGUAAAUAUUCUUGA